AUGACUCUAGUCUCGAAUGAUCCUAGUUGGUGGCCACUCAUCAAUGCGAGUAUUAUUGGCAGCUAUUUUGCAGUUGCCGCCUCUGUCGGGGUGAUGUACGAUUGUGGUGACGCUUACGUUUGGCAAGAGAUUGAACUGAUCUGGAGGCAACACUGGUCCUCGAUGACCUUUCUCUAUCUCGGUGUGCGCUAUGUUGGAAUAGGAUAUGCUGUAAUCUACAUGCUGGGUAUGUAUCCUGGCAUAGACUCUGACUUCUUUCUUGUGACGGGCGGCAUACAGUCACUGUUCCAACAGUUUCGAUGUACAGAUGCAGUGAGCCUUAUCAUAAACGACGCAAUGGAUUGGACGGGUGACGUUGUGGAUGUAAUACUGGGCAUCAUCAUGAUCGCUCGGUUGUAUGCCAUGUAUCAGCAAUCCAGAAAGGUGCUGAUAUUUCUCGUUGUCAGCUUUCUGGCCAUCAGAAUCGCCAAUGUAGUGAUGAGCGCAAUAUUGACGAUGCAUAUUUCAGGGGAGGAAUUCGUUCUCUCCGGCACCUAUCAGUGCUUGAUUGGCUAUGCGGGAGACGUCCUACUUCUGAAUUCCAUGACUUGGAUACUUAGCACUGUAUGGGAGGUCCUUGCACUGUGUCUCGCGGUCUGGAUUGCUGUAAAGCACUUCCGUGAACUGCGACGAUCCUCAACAGGAGGUAUUAUCGGGGACUGUUUCACGGUGUUGUUGCAAACUCACGUUAUUUACUUUGCAAGUUUUUUGGCUAUCUCUUGCUUCCAGAUCGGGUUUUUCUCUCCAACGCUCUUAGCGGACCCAUAUUCCCUGGACACUCAGAUUUAUUAUGGUCUCGCUCAGAUAUUCCAGGUCGUGCAGAUGUUUGUGUUGGGACCACGCCUGAUCCUCGGUGUUCGAGAUUAUUAUGCUGAGCUCGUGGCCAACUCUGAUACGGCAACCGCUAUGACUUCAAUUGCUUUUCAGGAGCACGUCCAAGUGUCAACCAACAGUAGUGUGUAGCGCAGGAGAUGCUUGACAUGAUUGAUUUACGAUGGGGGAGUAGUACGCAGGGAGCCGGAGAAUUUGUUUUUAUUUAUUCCAGGUUUUGUCGUGGUACUGAUUUAUGCAAGUCGCAAAGUAGGUCAUAGAAGAACUUUUGGC